CCCUGACUUGCUGGCUUCCUUGGCUCGACUUGUUUCUGCACACGCAGUAGCUGUUGAUCUCGUGAAUAUCUGCUUUCUUACCACAUCUGCUUCCGGACCAUAUCUACUCCCAUCCCUUCUUCGCCCCAGAUCAGACCCAGCAUGCAAGCGCCGUCCAAGCAAAUCGUCGAUGAUUCGGCUCUUGACAAGAGGUGUCGAGCCGCAGUCGACGCCUCCAUGAGCUUCUUCACCCUGGACACGGGUAAAGUCGGCACGACGUCCGAGACCAGCCUCCUCUCCAUCAUUUCCCAGUGGCUGCCCGAGGCCGUCAAAACCUUUGGGCUGAGCGCCGGUUCCUCGGCGGUGCUGCUGCAGCAGUCUGCCGUCGAGGCCAUGCUCAACGCCGUCUUCGACCUGGACGUGCGGCCCCUGGUGGUCGCCGACGACGCCCACGCCGCCGAGGCCCUCGCCGCGCUCGAGCCCGAGGCCCGCGCCCGCCUGCUCGCCCAGGCCGUCGCCGGUGUCGUCUCCAUCCUGCACCGGCUCGCUCUUGCUGUCGAGUUUCACCAGCAGCAGCAGUCCGGGGAACCCGCCGAGGUCACGCCGGCCGUCCUGGGCCGCGAGCUGCUCCACUUCGCCGACGCACCGGCGCGCAGGAGGGUGCUGGACCGGCUAGAUCACUGCGGUGGUGUUUUUGGCGGCGCCUGCCUGAUGAAGCGCGACAUUGCCGCCGUCAUCCUAGCCGCCGUCAGCUGCGGCGACGUCCACUUCCAGCCGCCCACACACACGCCCAGCUUUGACGACUACGCGUCCGACGGCUUCGGCUGGAGCGAGGCCCGGCCUGCGAGCGACAUGGGUGUGCCGUUCGGGUUCACCAUCAUGGCGCUGAACUGAAUGGCGCCUGAUCCGGUGGCUUCCCCACCCUUUGUUGUUGUUUGUGUGCUUUUGUACGAUGUCAGGAUGGCAAAAUCUCCUAUUCUCUGAGCGUGGCGCAUGGGUUUUUCGGGGAAUAGGUUAGCGUCAUGUCUUUUGGGUAUUUAGUCGUACAUGGAUCACUAGAUCAUAAUGCUAGCAUGAUUUCCCUUCCCAGCACA